AGGGAGCCGGGCGGUUCCUCCCGGGUGCGGAGCGAGGUGUGCUCGGCCUCAGCGUUCCGAGAAAGAGACGAAAAAGUUCUACUUGUAUUCGGCACCGAAAACCGGAAAGUGUGUUGUCUAAACAGUUGUGCGAUUUAAUGAUUUCUUUACAAACUCGCCCACGAAAAUCACUUUUUAAUACUACGUAAACCACCUGCGUGUGUAAGACGGGGCAGCAGUUAUGACCUGCGGUUCUCAACAGGAGAUGUUGGUCCCGGGAAGUGAAAGUACCGCACGUGGAGUUGAGGCGCUGAUCCCCUGAGCGACUCCAGCUGGGACCCGGAACCGCGAGCGCAGGGUUUAGGUUCAGAGCCUUCGCUCUCAGCCGCGGGAAGGGGUGCAGGGCGACAUUUGAAGGCUCAAGAGUCCAGCCUGCUGCCUCAUCCACUUUUUUUUUUGAAAGCCUUCCAUCAUGUGUGUACUUUGCUUGAAAGAUUAUUUUAAAGCACAUGUCCUGUUUUUGCCAAUUGACAGCUGUUUCCAUAGAAACUAGACAAGAAAUCGUCAUUUCCAGCAAGAGUUGUUAGAACUGUCUUCUAGGCUUCAGCUGUGAGUGCCAGAGUGUUGUACUUGCUCAUUCUGAGAAGGUACUUAAAGAAUUGAGGAUCUGAAGUGUUCUCCGAGGCUAACAAUCCGAAUUGUUAAUUUUCUCACAUCAUUAAUUUUGUAAUCCUCGGAGUCUGCCGGCGAUGUUUGUUGACCUGCCAUAAUUCUGUGAGCCCUAAUUCUUUCUUAGAUGCUGUGUGCUGUAGUGAUUGGCUCUACAAUAUGUAGAAAUAGACUUCUCCCCAUGUUCCUUACCCUGUCUUGCGGAUAAACCAGGGCUUACAAAAUGUCAGUAAUCCCUGCCACCCAGAAUAUUGUCUGGCAUGUAAUAGGCCCUAAUGAAAUGUUGAAAUGACAAUAUAGUAUUUAGCAACUUGGAGGGAAUGAAUGAAUCAAUGGAGAAUAUAAUUCAGAGGUCAGACACUGAAUGAGAUAAGCAAAAGAAAGAUGAGCUUCAUUUAUGGACUGCAGUCUACCAGAAACGCUUUUCUCUUCCGAUUUAAUCUACUGGGCAGCUGGAGAAAGCGGAACUCACUGGCAGUAACUUUAGCAGGCUGCCGUCAGUUUCAAAAUCUCUCUCUAGUAAAUAAAAAUCAGGGGCUUACAUCAUUCACUUGGUGUGACAGGUUGACAUUUCUGCGUGGAAACUCCCAUAUUAACAGGACUUUCGAUAACGGAAGACCAGAGUGCUUCUCACAUGCCAAGAGUAAGGACAUGUGGGUGAUUACCCACAACUGUACCUCGAGGAAUGACUCUUUUCCAAGAUGGGUACUGACCAAAGAAGGUGCAGUUGCUCCUGCCCUUCCUCCUGCCCUUGCAGCUUGGUGUCCUGUGCCCUGUUCUCUGGUAAGAUCUGCCAGGAAUUUCCAUACUUCUCCACGGAUUCAAGCUGCUCCCAUUCCUCUCCUGUUGGUCCUUCUAAAGCCACUGCAGAAACUACUUGCAAUCAUCGUGGGCAGGGGCAUAAGGAAAUGGUGGCAGGCACUUCCUCCUAACAAAAAGGAGCUAUUUAGAGAGAGUGUGAGGAGGAAUAAAUGGAAGCUGUUUCUUGGUUUGAGUACCUGUGGACUGUUAUUUGUAAUGUUUUAUUGUACUCACCUGGAAGUGAGCCCAAUCACAGGAAGGAAAAAGCUACUAUUGCUGGGGAAGGAGCAUUUCAGAAUUUUCUCAGAACUGGAAUAUAAAGCAUGGAUGGAAGAAUUUAAGAAUGACAUGCUAACUGAGAAAGACCCUCGACACCUGGCUGUUAAAGAAGUGGUCUAUCAUCUCGUUGAAUGCAAUAAGGAUAUCCCAGAAAUCUCUGAGAUCAAUUGGAUUAUUCAUGUGGUUGAUUCCCCAACUAUUAUAAAUGCCUUUGUGCUUCCUAAUGGACAAGUGUUUGUUUUCACGGGGCUUUUAAAUAGUGUAACUGAUAUUCAUCAGCUUUCCUUCCUUCUGGGCCAUGAAAUAGCACAUGCAAUACUUGGGCAUGCUGCAGAAAAGGCUAGUAUGGCUCAUUUGUUGGAUUUCCUGGGCAUGAUUUUUCUCACAAUGAUAUGGGCCAUUUGUCCACGAGAUAGCUUGGCAAUUUUGGGCCAGUGGGUACAGUCUAAAUUGCAAGAGUAUAUGUUUGAUAGACCAUACAAUAGAACAUUGGAAACUGAAGCAGAUAAAAUUGGACUACAGCUUGCUGCAAAGGCUUGUGUGGAUGUAAGAGCCAGUUCAGUGUUUUGGCAGCAGAUGGAGAUUACCGACAUCCUCCAUGGUCAUCCCAAGCUGCCAGAGUGGUUAUCUACACACCCUUCUCAUGGAAACCGAGCUGAACACUUGGAUAGUCUUAUACCAGAGGCUCUGAAAAUCAGAGAGUUCUGUAAUUGCCCACCACUUUCUGGACCAGAUCCUCGAUUACUAUUCAAACUCAGCAUGAAGAAUUUUUGUGAAGAAUUGGAAAAAGACCGAAAUACCACUUUUAAGCAACAGAAAAUGGAUCCUCUUCCCACUCAAAAACAGGAGCAAAUACCAUUAACAUAUGUAGUUGAGAAGCAAACUGGUAGCUGAAUUAAAAUUUAUGAGAAUCAGAAUAUGUGAAAAAUACAGUAAUCCUUACUGCUUUUAUGUUACUUCUUAAAAAAAAUAAUGUUUGAAAUAAAAAUAGAUGUUCAGGGUAAAAUCAUGAAUAUUACAGAUUCUGUAUUAUCUAAAUUCUUCUAAGUAUUUUUCAUAAAAUAUUGAUGUGUUUUAAUUAUUUUAAAGUAUCUUCAGUGAGGGAAAUAUCACAGAAUAA